CAUUGUUGGUAUUGUCGUGUAAGCUUGACUUUUAUGCCAUAAACAUUUUUUUUUCUUCAAUGGACGACAGCUGUUUGACAGCUCUGUUUUUAUUUUCUAUAGAAUUUAUCUCUCCAUCACAAAAAAGCUUUUUGUUCAUCAAUUUGUUUGUUAUUUGAAAAUAGAGUUCUAAAUAGAACUUUGUUGUCCUACGUUUCUAGUGAGAAUCUAGGAAAUGAGGGGUGAAACAGAGUGCACUAUAAAUAGAUCGAGCCGCAGUUAGUUUAUAGUUUACGUCUGAUUGUGAUGAUUUAUCAGACAUAUUGAGUGCAAAUUUGCAAGCCAUGGGUAGGCGAGAGGAGCCCGCUUGGGCUAAGGGCACGGUGGGGCUGCUGGCGGCCCGGGAACGCGGUUACGUGGACCGGCAGUUCCAGAACCGUCUAACGGUGACCCGAAGUAUGAUCGACCGUUUAGGCUUGGAAACAGAGUUAAACGGGCAUAUGGGCUGCGUAAACUGCUUGGAAUGGAAUUAUGAUGGAUCUGUUUUGGCGUCGGCAUCCGAUGACCUGCACGUCAUUCUGUGGGACCCGUACCGCUACAAGCAGCUCCACAACAUAGCCACAGGACACACAGGGAACAUCUUUUCAGUCAAGUUCCUAUCUCCCGACCUGAUAGCGACAUGCGCUGCGGACGGCACAGUGCGCGCGCGCAGCAUAUGCGGCGGCGCGCCUCUCUUGGAGUGCUCGUGCCAUUGUGGCAGAGUGAAAAGACUGGCUGUCGCUCCACAUAACCCACAUCUAAUCUGGUCUGCUGGGGAAGAUGGCCUCAUACUGCAACACGACCUCCGCACCUCCCACCGCUGCACCUCCGCCAACGUCCUGGUCAACCUCCUCAACCACCUCGGCCGCUACGCCGAGGCCAAGUGCGUGUCGGUCAACCCACGCCGACCUUACCAGCUCGCCGUCGGAGCCAACGACUUGUAUGUCCGGCUGUAUGACACUAGGAUGAUCAAGCUUAGCAAACUACAGCAGGUGCAGUCGGGCGGCACGCGCGUGGCGUGGGAGCGCGCGAGCGUGCGCUGCGCGCGCGCCGGCGCCGGCGACCCCGACGCCAACAUCCCGCGCGCCGCCGUCACUUACUACGCGCCCGGUCACCUGUCGAUCGAGCCGAACGAGCACAACUUCCCCAAGAAAGCGACGACCUACGUCGCGUUCAGUCACGACGGCAACGAGUUGCUUGUCAACCUUGGAUCAGAACAGAUCUACCUGUUCGACAUCGAGCAGGGGCGGCGGCCGGUGCUGGUGGAGUCGUUCGUGAUCACGCACAACCACGCGCACCGCGCGGGCGCGGGCUCGGCGCCGGGCGCGGGGCCGGGCGGGGGCCCCGCGCCGCCGCGCCCUCUCCCGGAACCUGUAAGGGCUCUAAAAGAACGGUAUUGUUUACAGGCAAACGAAUUAGUGAACUCGGGCAACUACGCUGCCGCCGUGGAGCUGUACAACGCGGCGCUGGGCGCGUGCCCCGACCACGCCAUCCUGCACUCCAACCGCGCCGCCGCGCUCAUGCGGCGGGGCUGGUCCGGUGACACGUAUGCAGCCAUAAAGGAUUGCUAUCGAGCCAUCAAAUUGGACUCUGGGCACGUGAAGUCCCACUUCAGGCUCGCGAAGGGUCUGAUGGACCUUAAGAGGGCGCGCGAAGCACACGAAUGCUUACUUUACUUCAAGGACAAGUUCCCGCGGCAUGCGUCGAGUCACGCAGUGUUUCUGCUGCAGAAGGACAUUAAUGUUGCUCUGGACACCGUCGAAACCCAAGCCGACGAAGCCCCUUCCGCAGCGCCGGGCGAGGCCGAAGAGAACCAGCCCACCAGCGUGCUGGAGCGCCAACUGCGGGCCGCGGCCCUCGACUACUCGCAGCGGUUCCUGGGACACUGCAACACCACCACUGACAUCAAGGAAGCUAGCUUUCUGGGGCCCGAUGCUAAUUAUAUAGCUGCCGGGUCCGACGACGGCAGCAUGUUCAUCUGGUGCCGCCGCACCGGCAACAUAGUGCGCUGCCUGCGCGGCGACGAGUCCAUCGUGAACUGCGUGCAGCUGCACCCCGCCGCCUGCCUGCUGGCCACCAGCGGCAUCGAGCCCUGCGUGCGGCUGUGGAGCCCGAGGCCCGAGGACGGCGUAGAAGAGCCCCGCGUGGUGCUGGACCUGGGCUCGGCGGCGCACGAGAACCAGCGGCGCAUGCGCAGCGACCCCUUCGAGGCCAUGCUGCUCAACAUCAGCUUCGCCGGCGCCGACCGCGACCUGCACUCGCCCGCCUGCCGCGCCAGCUAGGUGCAACAUGUGAUAGCCGGCGGUAGCAACAAGAAUCGCUCGGAUUCCCUAACUUCGCCUAGCCAGCUGGAAAUGUAAAUAAAUUAUUCAUUAAAUGAUACGCGCCCUCGCUUUCAUUUCCCUUAUAAUACUCGACCAACUUUUUUUUUAUACUACGUCGGUGGCAAACAAGCAUACGGCCCGCCUGAUGGUAAGCAGUCUCCGUAGCCUAUGUACGCCUGCAACUCCAGAGGAGUCACAUGCGCGUUGCCGACCCUAGCAUUCCCCCCAAAUGAUUAUAGUUCAAUCAUAACCAGAAUUCAUAAUAUAGUAGAAAUAAAUACAUACAUAAAAAUUGAAGCUAGCCCGAAUGUUAUGGUGUUUUUGUUUUUAGUUUUUAUGUAUAUGUAUAACAUAUUUAAGGACUGUUAAUUUUGGCAUUCACUUCAUGGUUUGUUAUUGCAUAUAUUGAGAAGAUAUGUCAGUAGCGUAGGUCCAAUGUUACCUGGAAGACAUCGCUUACAACGAUAAGACCGCCGAUUGCUACCUUUUGCAGUAUCUGGUAUAUAAAAACUAAGUUGGUCGACUAUUAUAGCAAAAACUAUAUGUUCGUUUUCGUGUCAGGGUUGGUGCUAAGGUUUGAAAAUGGAACUGAAUUGUCAUUUGCUGUAUUAUAUUAUAAUUUAUAAAUGAUAUCAUAGCAUAGCGAUGACACGUAUGUAUAUUUGUUAGAACUAAUUUAUAAUAUCGUUGCUAAAUUGGGCGGUAACAAUUUUGCCAAAAUAGUCCAAUCUAUAAAACCUGUAAACAAUCUAGUAAUAUUACUGUGGAUUUAUUGUCAAGAAUAUAAUCCUUGCUGAUUGUACUAAAAUGCUACUGGCUGAAUACUUAUGAGUAUAAUGCCAGGCGACAACUAAAACUCACUAAUUACAUAAAAAUAACCAAAAACCAACCUUGUUUUGUUACUAAUACGGUCCACUAUGACUCUGAACUUGUGGUAGUAUUUGACUGUUAGAUCUCAAGAUCAGACAGUUGGUCUGACUUAUAGUCUGUAUCUUUAGCUAUUUAAAAAAAGGUAAACAAACAAUUUGUACAUUUUCGGGUAGUUUUAAUAUUUAUUGGUUAACCAACCAAAUACAAAACCACCUGGAUCUGUCAGUGAACGACCUGACUUUAAACCUACAUUAUUUGAUCAUGUAAUGUUUUCAUCUACCCUCAACUGCCUUAAGGAGCCAUUUGAGGGUAGAUUUUGUUUACCUUUUUUUAAAUACCUAAAGAUACAGACUAUAGAAAACAAAGUUAUAAUGAUAUUCCUUUUUGUACAUAUACAAAACAUAUUAAGGGUCCCCAGCAAGCUCGGUUCUCCAUAAAAACGUAGCUACGUUCUCAUUUUUAAACGACUAGCUAGAUUGCUCGGAAACUUUGUAAGUACCAAGU